CCUUCCUUUUUGUCAAUCUUGAAUGCAUUUAUGACGUCACAUCUCAUUCCGUCGAAAUGGCAUUGGCAACACGACUUCUUCUCGUCGCCUUCGUAUGCCUCCUUUUCGCCGACCGCGUCUCAGCCUUUGGAGCAGGUGAAGUAGCAGGCACUAGCGAAUUCAACGGUUACGUCUGGCGUCAUGGCGACAUCGUCGAAGCCCUUCGGUACCUCCCGGCGAGUUUCGUGACGCACUACAGAUUUUCAACUCUCGAGCGACGACAAAUUUACUUUGGGAACUGGCUACGAGACUUUUCGCAAAUAAUCGAUACAACAGGCCUUGAUAAUGUUCCGGAACCUGUUCUCAGAGCUAUUGUCAGCAUCAUGGGGUUUCUGGAGUUUGGCUUCGCGACCGACGAGUUCGAGGUGACGCGCGAGCGCUUGGGAUGUUACACUCAUGUGGAGCAUAUCGACAACCCCAAGGGAUACCCGAGUAAUGCCAAGGAGAUUGACGAAAGGUUGAGAGGGCCUUUGGAUCCACGCGAACUCGAGUUUGACCCCAAGACGGGCAUGAAGAAUUACAUCGCAAACUCGGGCAAAGGCUGGGAUACUUCUGCUGAUUACGUCACGCGAGAGCUACGCGAAUGCAUUCGACUUGGGCGCGAGAAGGAUCCAAAGUCGAAGAAGGAAGCUUUCAUUCAUCUUGGCGCUGCGCUUCAUACCCUCGAAGACUUUUCGGCGCAUAGCAACUUUACGGAACUCUGCCUACAUGAACUUGGCGAGCACGACGUCUUUGCCUUUGUCGGCGAAGCCUGUCGCGUCAAGACGCCACGAUGGAGAAGUCGCAUGGUACCGCCCAUCGUCACUGGCACUUUCGGAAUGCUCGACAUCUUUCACAGUAUUCUUGGUGAAGCCGACGACAUGGCCAUCCUCCAGUGCAAAGGCUCACUGCAGAAUCUCGAGAACGAACUGAACCUCGGUGAAAUCGCCUUCCAGCAUAUCUUCGACCUACUCAAAGCCGCGAUACAAGCGAUAAGCAAACUAGCCUCCAAGACGAACGACCCGAUUCUCCAACAGCUCGAGACCGUCGGCGUGCUCUUCAAGAAAGCCGAAGAAGAAAAACAAAGCUCAACCGCCGCGAGCAGCCUCGACGCCAAUCAGCUUUGGCAGACCAUCGAACCGAUCUUCUACCUCCACGAUCGAAUCAAGAAAUGGAUACAAGAACGCACGGAACAGCAUGAUGCUGACCCGCUGUCGGAGGAGUCGAGCACGCAGUUGGGCAAAUACACGGACCAGCUUGUCUUCAAGUACCUGUCGCUCAUGAUUGAGAGCUCUAUCAUGCAGUUGCGCAAUGCGCUCAAGGCAGCGAAAGAACGUGUUGAUGCUGAAGCUGCGAAGUCGACUUCUGCCGAAGUCUACCUCGAUGGCGACGGGUCUGAUCCGAGCCAUUCGGACAUCUCAAAGGAUCACUUCAGCAACGUCCUCAACCAGCCUGCUGGUCUCGUCUCCUCCGUCACGACAAACUGGACAACGCAACAGGUCGUCAAAUGCUGGGAUGAUCCAUUCCGCAACGAAGAAGAAACAAUCCGCCAGAUCCUCACAAUCAUGCAUCAUCCCGCCUUCCCACGCCACAAAACACCCAUCCAGAAAUACAUGUUCACCGCCGUCGAAGAAUGGUGGAACCACAACACGGCCUCCGAAAAAGAGACCAUCCGAGGUAUGCUCACAAAGGAAAGCGUCCGCAACCGCCAGCACGAGAAUCACACCCUCACUCUCAAAGAUCUCGAAGGGAAGAGGAAAGGUGUCGCUGAUUUCCCUGGCUCAAGACCCAAGAUCAAGGAGAGACCUGCUAAGCCGUCACCUUUGACAUGGGCUGUUGGCGAAGCGAAGAAGGAUGCAAAGUGGAUGUUUGGCGCAGUUAGAAGAGGCGCUGGCGACCCCGUUGCGGCGGUUUGUUACAUCGGUGAAGGUCUGUAUAUGAUGAUUGUUUACGUUUUCAUGAUGCUUUUUGGUGCGUUUGGAUUGAAGGCGAAGGCGUCGAGGGAUUAGGAUGUGAUGUUAGCUAGAUGUGAUACCUAGUAAAUCGAGAUACAUGAGAUACACGAAAUGUACACUAGACUCUUUGCUUGGAAGCCUUGACAGCUUGUCUCCCUAUGCUUUUUCUACACACUGAAUCACGAGUGCUGUCGCUGCUCUCGAUAUCCUUUUGGGGUGCGACCUUCUCAUUGGGCUCAGAGCUUGAAGCCACCAACUCUCUUCUGCAAGAUUUGAGCAGGGUCAUACCUUUUGCUGACCGACCUGAGAAAUUCCAGCUCAUCAGCUCCGUAUGACUCAAACGGCUUUUGGUAUGGCGCAGCGUAGUUGAGGUACUGGAACUUCUGUAGCAGUCCCUUUGCACGAGCAUCCUCUUCCCAUACUGACAGAACCUCCUUGGUCUUUGCUUCAAUGUUUGAGUUAACAGCCGAGUUCGGCCACAGCGCUGAGAUAAGAACA